AGACCAUUUCGGCCCAAAUUGGUGUUUGUUGGUGUCGAUUCACUCACCCGUGGCAGGACGCAAGACAUGUACUAUGACUUUUCCUGGCAAGAUGCUCCUCUUUCGUCCAAGAGCUCUCCCUUUGUGGCAGGUGCGCUGUACCUGCUGACAGUCUUGCUUUUACCAAGUUUUGUCACUUCAAGUUGCCGCCAGUUUGCUACCAUGUGGCUUCCUUUUCACAAUGGCUCUCUUUGCUUGGUGUCUGUGGUGCUAUUUGCGGGCUGCCUUUUCGAAAGUGUGUGCCGACUCCGCAAAGAAGGUUGGGGCUGGCUGAUUUGUGAAGACCCAAAAGCGGAGACAGCUGGCCCUUUGUAUUUUUGGUCUUAUGCCUUCUACGUGAGCAAAUAUGUGGAAUUUGGCGACACCUUCCUUUUGAUCCUGAAGUCUGGACAGAGGUCUAAGGAUUUCGGACUUCACCUCUAUCAUCACGCUCUGGUUCCAGUGAUAACCUUUUUUUGGUUGCAGUACGCCAUGUCUUUGCAGUUCAUAGGCGUACUUUGGAACACACUCGUCCACGUCAUGAUGUACGCUUAUUUUGCCUUCAAGGAAGCAGGGUUUGAUAUGCCUUUCAGCUUCGUUGUAUGGUGCCUCCAAGUUGUGCAAUUUCUGUGCAGCUUCCCUUGCGGCGCUAUGGUAUUGCGAGAGAUAUGGGACUCACCGUUCGGAGAUAUAUGUGCUGGUCAGAAGACUAUGUGGGUCAGCUUUGGGUUCAACAUGUCGCUUCUCUUUCUGUUCGGGAGCAUAAAACGACGCCGUGACAAAAUCGAUUCUGGGGUGGUUCACUCACGGCUGGCGGCGGAGGAGGAAUGAACCUAUGAGGUGAAAUGUUUGGUUCGUUGAGUGGCCCAAGAGCCAUAAUAGCGGAGACUAGUGCUCCGGUGUGGAAAAUCAACUGACCUGCCCGCAAGCUGUCGAACCGAUAGAAGAUUGAAC